AUGAAAAGAAAGCAUACAUUAUUAUUAAGAAAAUUAGUUGGGGAAUCAAGUCAAAUGAGUUGGCCAUUUGCUGAUUAGGAUUUACAUUCUAGUAAUAUUUUUCAAAGUAAAAAAGUUGUAAUCUAUUAGCUUAGAGUCCAGAUUAUUAAAUAUUAGAUUUUAGUCAUAAGAAUUCAACAAAUGAAAUUCUAUCUCGUUCAAUAGUUGGCAAAGUGGAUGUUUUCAACAAAUAGGCUAAUGGUCUUGAAAAGCCUAUUCGUUUUAGUUAACCUGUAAAGUUAUCUAAUAUGUAAAAGAAGAUUAAAAGAAGUUAUAAAAUACACAUAUGCUUUUAGCAAAUACGAAUGAACCAUCAAGUCUAAAUUCAUCCUAUAGAAGCAAAAAAAACAUAACAAAUUAGUAAUAAGUAAUUCAGAAAACUGGAGACAAUAAUUUUGAAGUUCUAGAUAAAUAUGAAUUAAUACAAACGAUGGAAAAAAUAUAGAAAAUAAUGAAGAAAAAUGAAAAAUAUGCUCAAGAUUAACUGUAGAAAAUUUCUUAGACAGAAAAGAUAUUGAAAACUUAACAUGAAAGAGCAUUAAAUAAACAUGAAAAGCAAAUAUAAGUCUGGAAUGAAUUAUCAACAAAGAUUAGUUCUCGGAUGAAAAACAAUCAAAGCACUUUAAUAGAAAGAUAGGCUAGUAUUUUUAUAUUUUAAUAUAUAGAGUAUAGAUCUCGGUUAGAUUCUUUAGACAUGUUUGAAGAAUUAAAGCCUGAAGAAUCAAAAAAUCCAGUUAUAACAUGGCAUUAAAGAUUAAGAUCCCAAUAUAAGCCUUAAGUAUUUAUUUUGUUUAAAUUAAGAAAGUUAUUCAAAAAGAAGAAUAGGAAAGAUUAUAACUAAAAUAAGAUUUAUUAGAAUAAAUACCUAACAGAGAACUAUUAGAAAUUCCUAAUCCUUAGAAAUUGAUUUCCGAUAUCAAAAAUAAAAAUGGGUAUGAUAAAGGUAGAUCUGUUUCAGAUUAUAAUGGAUUAAAAGUAAAUUAGUUAUAGAAUGUUAGUUAGUCGGAUAGAGCGUUUAUGAAUAAGAAUUAAUGUCUUUAAAAAAAGAUAAAUCUCACAUACAAUAGUAGUACUACUAUUAUAAAGCUCCGAAAGAGAUUAAAAUUGAAGAGGAAAAUCUUUGAGCAAU